AUGUUCUUCGAUAGAGCUGUAAACGCAAAAGGCAUCGGAAUUAUCUCACCCACUGGUCAACACUAUCCAGCCACAGCUCGGCUUCAGUUUUUCUGCACAAACAAUACUGCUGAGUAUGAGGCCUGCCUUAUGGGUAUGAAUAUGGCAAUCGACCAAGAUGUUGAAGAACUAUCGAUCAUGGGAGAUUGGGACUUGAUUAUCCGACAAGCUCAGGGUGAAUGGGAAACCCAGGAUGUCAAGCUUAAUCCCUACAAACAACAUGAGGAUGAUCUUGGCAAGCAGUUCAAGUCAGUUGAUUUCAGGUACAUUCCUCGUUUUCACAAUGAGUUAGUCGAAGCACUCGCUACUUUGGCCUCGAUGUUGCCUUAUCCGGGCAAUCUCCACAUUGACCCGCUGGAAAUCCAAAUCCGAGAAAAGCAUUGUUACUGCAAUACGGUUGAGAUGGAACCAAAUGUUCAGCCAUGUGUCGAUUUGGUGGUCCACAAGUUGCCGACCAACCCCGAUUAUCCCCCUGCCCAGCAAAAACAGAGGAAGUUCAAAACUGAUAUCAGUGACAAGAUUAAGGAAGAAGUCACAAAAUAG